AUGUCAGGCGAAGCGAAGUGGUCACACCAUGAACAAGCCCUGCCAGAGGGGGCUCCGGCUUCACCGACGGCCCUCGACGAUGCAGAGAAGGGCAUCUACGACGGCAAUCCGGCAUUGCCCGUGCUUGCGAUGCCGCCAAAUGCCCACGUUGACGAGAAGAAAGCACUCGAGUCGGGCUCUGCAUCUGAGGGAACGGGAGCAGCAGCACCGAGUCCGCCAUCGGCACCGGUGAAGAAGGCUCCGAGGAGGAAGCCCAGCAAAUGGAUCCUCUUCCAGCUGUGGUUCAACACAUACCGCAAGUUCUUCACCUUCGUCACGCUCCUCAACCUUGCGGGCAUCAUCCUCGCCGCGCUCGGCCGGUUCCCCUAUGCCGAGAACCACCUCGGCGCGCUGGUGCUCGGCAACCUGCUCAUGGCCAUAAUGAUGCGGAACGAGCUGUUCUUGAGGUUUCUGUAUCUCAUCUCCAUCUACGGGCUGCGAAGUUGGGCGCCACUCUGGCUCAAACUCGCUGUCACUUCCGUCCUGCAGCAUGUGGGAGGUAUUCAUUCGGGCUGCGCUAUUUCGGGUGCUGCGUGGCUAGUGUUCAAGAUCGUGGACAUCAUCAAGUACCGCACAGUGCAGCAUACUUCGGUGAUUGUGACGGGUAUCAUCACCAACCUUGCCGUCAUCAUCUCGGUCUUGAGUGCCUUCCCAUGGAUCCGCAAAUAUUCUAACCAACCACUCCUUCCCAACAGCGUCUUGAUCCCCUGGCUCACCCUUCGCGAAGUGCCUGUCGAGGUUGAGAUUCCGUCGCCCAAGGUAGCCGUUCUCAAAUUCCAACGCGGGAUGCAGCAAGGCCUGCUCGGCCGCAUCAGCCGCACGUCCAUCAUGGAAUACCACGCCUUUGGCAUCAUCAGCGAGGGCCGAAAGUCCGGCUGCCACUACAUGAUUUGCGGCGUUCAGGGCGACUUCACUCGGAACCUGGUUGCCGACCCCCCCAAGACGCUGUGGACCAGAGAGCUCAAGUUUGCGGGCGUCGGGCACGCCUCUGCCAUGUUUAAGCGAGGAAUCCGCAUUUGCACCGGAACGGGUAUCGGGGCGGCGCUGUCCACUUGCAUCCAGAGCCCGAACUGGUUCCUCAUCUGGAUAGGAUCUGAUCAAGAAAAGACAUUCGGGCCGACCAUCACCCGGCUCAUCUACGACAACAUCCCGCCGGAGCGUAUGAUCCUCUGGGACUCCAAAAAGCGGGGAGGACGACCGGACAGCGUGAAGCUGCUCAAGGAAGUGUGGCACAGCUUCGGCGCCGAGGUCAUCUUCAUCACGUCCAACCGGCAGGGCAAUGACGAGAUGAUGCAGGGUUGCCGCGAAGCCGGCCUGCAUGCCUUUGGCACCCUGUGGGACUUUUAG